UUAUUGACGAUGUUUCACAGCAAACCAAUGACUUAAUAGCUGCUUGGCUAUCGGAGUAUAAAGUAACUGAAGGCCAAUCAACCAAUCAAAAAAGAUGGUUUUGCCACUUCGACGAUGACAACUAUGUCAAUGUGCCACGUCUGGUCAAGCUAUUGGACGAGUAUAGCCCGUCAGUGGAUUGGUACUUGGGCAAGCCAAGCAUUUUUUCACCGCUAGAAAUACAUCUUGAAAGUUAUCCUACAACGUCACAGAAAAAUAGAACCCCCAGCGAAAAGAUAUCCUUCUGGUUUGCCACUGGCGGUGCUGGUUUUUGUUUGAGUCGCGCGCUUACCAUGAAAAUGUUGCCAAUUGCCGGUGGUGGGAAAUUCAUUAGUAUUGGCCGCAAAAUACGUUUCCCAGAUGAUGUUACCAUGGGCUUUAUAAUUGAACACUUGCUCAAGGUGCCACUGCGCAUUGUUGAGAACUUCCAUUCGCAUUUGGAGCCCAUGGAACACAUACGUCCAGACACUUUCCCGGAUCAAGUGUCCUUCAGUUAUGCGCAUAUGCGAAAUCAAUGGAAUGUCAUUAAAGUGGAUGGCUUCGAUUUGGCAAAGGAUCCGAAGCGUUUCUACUCGCUGCACUGCAAACUGUUUCCUUAUUUUAGCUUUUGUCCACCAAGAUGAUAAAUUCGCUGUAUGUUUUUAUUAAACAAAAAAAAAAAUAAAAAAUUUGUGUGCGAGCGCAUUUUCUGUUAAAUAUUAAUAUAACUAUUAUUUAAAUUUAUAAAGUAAAAAAGUCUCCAGCAUGAUUGAGCUGGCAUAAAAGUUUUGUAACUAAAACUCAAAGCUGUGAUGUAGUUUAAGAUGUAAAAAAAGUUUAUAAUUGUAGAAAAGAGAAAAUGAAAAAAUAAAUAAAUCGUGUGCAAAAUUAAAAAAAUU